AGUGACACCGUGACAGCACAGUAGGAAAUUUGUAGCUAAGACAGCUAAUCCUUCCUUACUGCAGCUUUAUCCUUUUUUAUACUUUUUUAUUUUUCUGUCUUCCUAAUUCAUUCUAUAAAUACCACAUAAAGUGCCUUCCAUCUCAUGAGUCAUAACCCAACUGUGGCAAAUUAGCGAAAAAGAAAAUUAAACGCACAGAAAAUGUCAAGCACAGCUGGUCAAGUCAUUCGUUGCAAAGCCGCCGUGGCAUGGGAGGCAGGGAAGCCGCUGGUGAUCGAGGAAGUGGAGGUGGCGCCGCCGCAGGCCACGGAGGUUCGCCUGAAGAUCCUCGUCACUGCCCUCUGCCACACAGAUGUCUACUUCUGGGAAGCUAAGGGACAGACCCCUGUUUUCCCCCGAAUCCUCGGACAUGAGGCAGGAGGGAUUGUGGAGAGUGUGGGAGAGGGUGUGACAGAUCUCCAACCAGGAGAUCAUGUCCUUCCGGUGUUCACCGGUGAAUGCAAGGAGUGUGCACACUGCAAAUCAGAAGAGAGCAACAUGUGCACACUCCUCAGGAUCAACACCGACCGUGGCGUGAUGCUCAACGAUCAGAAAUCGAGGUUCUCCAUCAAUGGCAAGCCCAUUUACCACUUCGUCGGAACCUCCACCUUCAGCGAGUACACUGUCGUUCACAUCGGCUGCGUCGCAAAGAUUAAUCCACUUGCUCCCUUAGACAAAGUUUGUGUUCUCAGCUGUGGGAUUUCCACAGGACUUGGUGCUGCCCUGAAUGUUGCAAAACCUCCAAAAGGCUCUAGUGUGGCUGUGUUUGGAUUGGGAGCUGUAGGCCUUGCUGCUGCAGAAGGGGCUAGGCUUGCUGGGGCUUCAAGAAUUAUUGGUGUUGAUUUGAAUCCCAGCAGAUUUGAACAAGCUACGAAGUUUGGCGUGACGGAUUUCGUGAACCCAUCUGACCAUCAAAAACCAGUUCAGGAGGUGAUUGCAGAGAUGACUGAUGGAGGUGUGGACAGAAGCAUAGAAUGCACUGGGAAUGUCAAUGCCAUGAUUUCUGCAUUUGAAUGCGUCCAUGAUGGCUGGGGCGUUGCUGUUGUUGUUGGGGUGCCCCAUAAGGAUGCUGUCUUCAAGACCAACCCCAUGAACUUGUUGAAUGAGAGGACUCUCAAGGGUACCUUCUUCGGGAACUUCAAGCCCCGAUCCGAUAUCCCAUCAGUGGUCGAGAAAUACAUGAACAAGGAGCUCGAGCUGGAGAAGUUCAUCACACAUGAAGUCCCUUUCUCCGAGAUCAACAAGGCCUUCGACUACAUGCUGAAGGGGGAAAGCAUUCGAUGCAUCAUCCGAAUGGACGGUUAGGACGGAAUGGACCUCUGCUUUCCUUCGACACCGCGGAAUUCGAAUAGUAUUGUGUGUGAAAUGAUAAUAAGAGGUGUUGCCAUGUUGGUGCCUGCAUAUCCUACUGCCUAUGCAAUUGAUGCUUUCUGGGAUUUUACCAUUUCCUGUGUCUUUAAACUUUAAAAUGUUAAUGGAAUUGUGUUUCCUAAGGACCCUACUUAUGUAUAAAAUUUGCUCUGCUUUGCUGCA